UAAGGAAAGUCUCUGGAGCAAAAGAACUUGGAAGGAGAGUGACAGCCAAGGUGUCUCAAUGAUUUAGAGACUAAAGGAAGUGUUGGAGGCAGCUAUGCCGGGGUCCUUCCUUGUAAUUCAGGACUGCACUCACGUGUGGUCUGGAGUAACACUCAAACUGACUGCAGCGAAGUUACAUCCCAGAGCAACUGAGCUGGAUUUUCUUUGAGAUUUAGCUACCCCCGUCGCCUGCCUUGGACACUCUACCUUGGACAAGUUAUGGCAGCAGAUGAAGGUUUACUUCUCAAUAUUUCAGAGGACUGGAACUUGCCGGGUUUUCAUCUCCCAGAGCACAAGAAGUUCCCCAGAUCUUUCAGAGUCAAGGAAAGAAGGGGAACACCAAAGGAAGGAAAAAGUACAAAAAGAAAAUUCCAAGAGGCCAGUGAAGGGCCCCCACCAAAACGAAAGAAUGAAAUAUCUUUACUCCCUGCCAAGAAAACCAAUGUUAAAGAGGUCGAAAGGACUGGAAAGGGAAAGCCAGAAGGUCUGAUUUCUCCAAAGAAGCACUCAGCUGUCCAAACUAAUGAGAGACAAGCAGAAAGACCAUUCAUUAAGACUUCAUCAUUAUUUAAAAACAACCCUGAAAUUCCAGAAAUCCACAGAGCUAUGGUGAAGCAGGUACAAGAAAAAGUAUUUACUUCAGAUUCUUUUCAUGAUUUGGGCCUUCAUCCACAUUUGAUUUCAACAAUAAACACUGUCCUGAAAAUGUCCAGUAUGACCAGUGUUCAGAAGCAAAGUAUUCCUUCAUUGCUAGAAGGCAGAGAUGCUCUUGUAAGAUCCCAGACAGGAUCAGGUAAAACACUUGCCUAUUGCAUCCCUGUGGUUCAGUCUCUUCAAGCAAUGAAGUCGAGAGUACAGCGCAGUGAUGGUCCCUAUGCUUUGGUAUUAGUGCCAACAAGAGAGCUGGCUUUACAAAGCUUUGAUACUGUCCAGAAACUGCUUAAGCCAUUUACUUGGAUUGUGCCUGGAGUGUUAAUGGGGGGAGAGAAGAGAAAAUCAGAAAAGGCCAGGCUACGCAAAGGGAUAAACAUCCUAAUCUCUACUCCUGGACGUCUGGUAGAUCACAUUAAAUCCACCAAAAACAUUCACUUCAGUCGAAUACAGUGGUUGAUUAUUGAUGAGGCAGACAGGAUCCUGGAUCUGGGUUUUGAGAAGGACAUUACAGUGAUUCUCAAUGCCAUCAAUUCAGAGUGUGAAAAGCGUCAGAAUGUUCUAUUAUCAGCCACUCUUACUGAAGGAGUAGCAAGGUUGGCAGAUAUCAGUUUGCACAAUCCAGUCAGUAUUUCUGUAUCAGAUGAAACCUGUGACCAACAUAUCAAAGGUUGCAAAGCAGCUAGAGGAGACGGUCACCUACAAACUAGUGCUAAGCCGGACACCUUUGCUGUGCCCGAGAAACUCCAACAGCAUGUGACCCUGGUUCCCAGCAAAUUGAAGCUUGUCACACUAGCAGCCUUCAUUCUUGGAAAAUGUGAGUUUGAAAAAAAUCAGAAGCUGAUUGUCUUUUUCUCGAGCUGUGAACUGGUUGAGUUCUACUACCACCUCUUCCUCCAGACCCUGCUGAGCAGCUCCAUGGCCUCAGCAUCAGGGCAGUCACCAUCUGCCUCCUCCCGAUUAAAAUUCCUGCGUCUGCAUGGCAACAUGGAACAGGAGGAACGAACAGCAGUUUUUCAGGAAUUCUCACAAUCCAAAUCAGGCAUCUUGCUUUGUACGGACGUUGCAGCUCGGGGCUUAGAUCUCCCUCAGGUCACAUGGAUUGUUCAGUACAAUGCUCCAUCUUCACCUGCAGAAUACAUCCACCGGAUUGGGAGAACCGCCCGGAUUGGCUGCCAUGGGAGCAGCCUGCUCAUUUUGGCUCCUUCGGAGGCAGAAUAUGUCAACUCGUUGGCUUCUCACAAAAUCAAUAUAUCCGAGAUAAAGAUGGAGGAUAUUUUAUCUAUUUUGGCAAUGGAUGAUCGUUUUAAGGGAAGACGAUGGGGAAACAAGAAAUCCCGCAGUGUUGGCCCCCAGGAAAUCCGCGAGCGAGCCACUGUCUUGCAGACAGCAUUUGAAGAUUACGUGCAUGCCAGUGCGGAGAAGGUCUCCUGGGCAAAGAAAGCUUUGCAAUCUUUCAUUCGUGCCUAUGCAACCUACCCCAAGGAUCUGAAGCACAUUUUUCAUGUCCGGUCCCUCCAUCUUGGUCAUGUGGCCAAGAGCUUUGGACUGAGAGAUGCUCCCCAGAAUCUGAGUGCCUCUUUAGGGAGCAAAAAGAAAUCAAAACUGAAAAGGCCUAACCCUCAUAAGAAGACCCAGAGUAAACACCGUCUUGCUGAAAUCUUGCGUUCAGAAUACUCAAGUGGAAUGGAAGCUGUCGAUGCCAAGGUCAAAAAGCAAAACAAACAUGGAAAACCCAGAAACCACACACUGCAGAAUUGAAUUGGAGCUCCCAACCUUUACGGUGGGGGCAAGGAAAAGAAAAUCUCUCUCCAUGAAACAUUAGAAAAGCCCACAAAGAUGGUCUGUAGGGCAGUGAGACUUAGCUAAGACUUCUUAAAAACUGCCUCUGUACACAGCACUGAGCCUCAAAGUGGACCCUGGAAGUUCUGAAUUGGUAGAUGUCUUAUUUUUCUCAGAGGAACCUUAUUGAAAAUAAGCAUAUUUCUCUUUUUCUAAGACUAAAUUUCGAAACAUUACAAUUGAACCCACAGCUAUCAUUCUUUGUGAGUGGAGCAAAAAUAGAAACCAAGAGGAGCAACAUCACAGAAACAAUUAGCUAAUUAGCCAAUAUCUAUAUUCAUUCCAUUGACUCUAGAAACUGAUCGAUUUUUUAAGUGAGCAGUAGUAAAAAAAAAAAAAAAAAAGACAAAAAAAACUCCAUCCUAAGUCAUUGAACAUAUUCGGAUGUGCCAUACAAUACAAGCCUACUAUGACACAGGCUAGCUUAUAAAAUAUAUUAACCCUGUUGUCAUUUCCAGAAUUUUAACAGUUCUGUUUUGUUUUUGUGCUAUUUGGUACCUUUGGUAUUAUUUGUAAAGGGCAAUUUGUGACUUGAUGAGGAGCUUUUGGACAGAUCUCACAUACCUUCUCUGAGCCUCAGUUUCCCCAUCCAUAAAGUGAGUGGGCAAAACUUGUUGAUUUCUAAGGUCUCUUCCAAUUCUCAAAGCAUGAGUCUGUGAAAUGGGUAUGCUUAAGAGAGAAAUUUUAUUUCUCAAAAUUCCCUUUCCCAAUGCAUGCAUGAAGUGUCUGUGAGAAGGACCAAGAAUCAUUUUGUAGAACUGAUCAGGAAUACCAGUGUUGUGGCAUACUCCCCAGCCUCCUUAUUUUCUCCAAAAAUGUUGCUGUAAAUAAAUAUAAUGUCACUUUUAUAUAUUAUUUCUUGCAUUAUUCCCUUUUCAGUGUUCCUCAGAAAAGAUAUUUUUCAGGGCUAAUUGAUUUACCGUUGUCUUUUUAUUACUUGCCUUUGAAGUCAAAGGGCACCAAUACCCCUGUGUUUUUCUUCCUGAUGAAACCCAACAGAGUUCCACUAGAGCCCUGGACUUCUUUAUGUUGUGAGCCAGAGCAUGGAUUCUCCAUUGGGUAUGACUGCAAGACUAGAGAGAGCCUCUUUCCCCCCUUGAGAAGUAUUGAUUUCCCAAUAAAUGUAAUAUUUACAUAAAGGAAAUGCUAAAGAGGCCACAGGAGAAAGGACUAAAAAUCUCAGCGGUUUCCUUCAUAUUCAAGAACCCUUUGCAACAGCUUCAUUUAGGCAUUUCGUGGCCAUCUUCCUUUGUGGUUAUUAAGUGACCAUGUCUAGAUGUUCUGUGACAAAGUUCUGAGAUAUUCCCAAGGAAAUACCAGAUUAGAAUUAGCCAAUUGACCAGUAAAAUAAUGUAAGCUUUGAGAAGACUCACAUUUACCAAGUGAUAAAGGGGGCAGGUAUCAAGUCUUUCCUUUUUGAUAGUGGGCAAUCAGAUUCAAGCCAAACGUCAUCUAGAACAUUACAAUAGAAGUGACUCAGAGUGUGUGAGGUAGACUGUGAGCCUAAUAAAAAGUGAUCUGCAUGAGAAAUAUGACCUUCUCAAGAGUCAACUGUCAUGUGAAUUAAUAGGAACCGUUGGUGAAAUUUAUAACAAUAAUAAUAAAAAAACCUGCAGUAUAUGUCAAAAAUGACUGAGCAAAUCUGUCACACACUCAUUUAUUUUGAUGCAUAAUAAUUCAAAUGAUUUGGAUGAGAAAAGAAGGGAUCAAACUUUUUAUAGACAAAACCCAAUAGUUUAACAAAUAGGCUUAAAGCAAGCCAAUUGGGAGGGGGGGAUCAAAAGCAAAAACCUACAUAUUUUUUCAAAUAUUCCUUGUAUUAAAGGAUGAAUAAUUGUAAGGUUAUUUCACAUUCCUGAAGUAAAACAUGCUAUAACUAUGCAAAA